CACAGGUGGCAUGAUGACGAGUGGUUUGGAAUGCAACGUUUGAUGAGUGUCAAUCCUACCAUGAUACGUCUUUGCACUAAAAUUCCAGACAAACUAGCAGUUAAUAAUCAGAUGUUAAAACCGUUCCUUGAAGGAAUGACCCUCCCACAAACUAUACAGAAGAAACGGCUGUUCAUAAUUGACUACGAGAUACUCGAUGGUAUACCAACUAACGAAGGGUUAAUAAUGACGGCCCCGAUAGCAUUGUUAUACCAAAGUAAUAAUGGCACCCUUGUACCUAUUGCCAUUCAGCUGUUCCAGUCUCCGAGUGCCAAUAAUCCCGUAUUCCUCCCGAGCGAUUCAACAAAUACGUGGACUCUAGCAAAAAUGUGGUUCAACAUAGCAGAUGCCAAUUAUCACCAAUCAGUGACGCACCUUGGUUUCACCCAUUUGAAGAUGGAAGGAGUCGUCAUUUGUACACACCGACAAAUUCAUUAUAGUCAUCCUGUUUAUAAGCUGCUGAUGCCCCACUUUCUGUACCUCAUUGCUAUCAAUUACGACGGGAUUCCAAAACUACUGGGUGACAAUGGUUUUGUGACAAAAGUCCUCAACUUAGGUAAUGAUGGUAUGGUAGAGCUUAUCAAGAGGAAGAACAAAGAAUGGCGUAUGGAUGUCGAUGGUACUCUUCCAAAUGAUUUAAGGAAUCGGGGUGUAGAUGAUGAAGCACUCUUGCCCCAUUAUUACUAUCGAAGCGAUGCUUUGGAAAUCUACAACGCCAUCUUCUCAUAUGUACAAAAGUACUUAGGUCUGUUUUAUCUUUCUGACGACGAAGUUAAGAAGGAUUCGGAGAUACAGAAUUGGAGACAAGAGCUUGUAGCAGCCGUUAAAGAUAAUGGGCUUGGUAUGGAAGGCGUCUUUGGAGAGGAGGGCAAGUUUACAACUAGAGAACAAUUAUGUCUUACACUAACAUCUGUCAUCUUUACUUGCAGCGUUCAACAUGCAGCCGCCAAUUUCCGCCAGUAUGAAGAUUAUGCAUAUCCACCUUGUAAUCCUCUGAAACUUCAUGGAGGACCACCAAAGAAUAAGCAAGAUGUUGAAGAAGUAGACUUCAUGCAAGCUCUUCCAACUAAAGCAGAACUGUACAGUACUUUGGUUAUUACUUCUGCGUUAAGUACCAAUGCUACGAACAGCCUUGGAGAUUUUGAAGUGGAGUAUAUCACAGAUGACAAAGCUCUUAAGGUUGUCGAGGAAUUCAAGGCGGAUCUUGCACGCAUUGCCAUCAAUAAUAAGGAAAAGAACAAAAAUCGUCCCGACAAAUACUGGUGUUUGAAUCCAAAGCGAGUACCAAAUUCAAUAAGCAUUUGAUUGGCUUUGUUUUUGUUUGUUUUUAUUGGCAUCAGUGUGA